ACAUUUGCAUAUUUUUCCCUGUUUGGGAGCUUUAUUUGGCUUAGGAAAACAUGUAUCUACGUCUACCACGUAUUUCCUGGAAUGCCAUGGCAUCUUACGCAAGGCACUCUUCUUUGAUUCUUUAGCGCAAGAUGUACAAGUUCAAUCAACGCACGAAGAGCUCGGGAGAGAUCUUUGACGUUGUUCUCUCUGGAGGUUCGCCUUGGGGUUUUACAUUGCAAGGGGGCAGUGAAUUCAGAACGAAGCUUUGUGUUUUAAAGGUAACUCCUGGUGGCAAAGCAGAUCUCUCUCUGGCUAUUGCAGUUGGGGAUGAAAUUAUAGCAAUAAAUGGUAUUGAAUGUGCAUCCAGAGCAGAAGCCAUUGAAUUAGUAAGGUGUUCAAGACAGAAGCUUAAAAUUGCUUUAAGAAGGGUGGGUGGUGGACCAAGCCCUGUUGCUCAGUCCAAUGGUGGUGUCAUUAAGAAGAGUGGUGAUGUGGUCCCAAAUCUGUACAAAACAGCAAAUGAUUUUUAUUCCACUUUUAAUGUAGAUAGACAGAAAUUUGCUGAGAUAACUCAGAACAAAAAAUCUAGCAAUAUUUUCGAUUCAACCGAUAACCUUAGUGCUUCGCAUGAAAACUUGUUAGAAAGCUAUCGCCAAGUGGGCAAUCAGCGGAAUUUUGUCAAUUCACCCACCAUGGAGGAAACUGGUGACAGGUUGUCAAGGUCAUCAACAGAGAUAGCUAAUGGAAGAACAAGUCCAGAAGUGGAUGGUCUGAGACGAAUCAACUCGUUGAAUAGUGUAACUGGCAAAAGAUUCCCAAAUAGUACAGCCCUUCUUGGAGCAGCACAAUUCAACCAUUCUGGAGUGGAGAUUUAUGGACGAACGUGGAGCUUAAGGCGUGGUGUCAGUCUCCCAGAGGGUCAAUGGCCUGUGAUGCAUCAUCAUCAUCAACGCAUGCAUACCAGUCCUGGCCGUAUACAGAAGGUGACAGUAAAGAGCACCAACAUAAAGUCACCAGUGUCACCAAGGGGUUCCCCACCAGACAAAGACACUGAAAAUCAACACCCAACCCGUAAGAACCCCAACGAUUGGGUUGGGCGGUGGCUGAUGGAUCAACCAGGACCCUUACAUCAUCAACUUAGUGUGACAAACAGUGGCUCAGCAACACUAGAUUACAGAGAUACACCAGACAGAAGAAUAAGUCUGCAUGAGAGGACAUCUGCUAACAAGAGCCAAUCGCUCCCACGAAGCAAAAGUUUCGGUGGCCCCACUUCUUACGGAGUCACAGUAACAGCUACGGCGGUGAAACGAAACGAAUUCGGUCUCCCAGCGAAUAACCAAAGAACAGCGCAACGCUAUAGUUCAUCAAACUUGCUACAAGAAAGGCAACAGCGGGUGGGCCUUGUCAGUGACAUACAUCCAAACGAGAUAUCUGCACGCCAAGCAGAUAUGUCUUGGAACUCGUCAGUGUAUGCACAGCCAGGUGACAGCGUAGAACUGCGCUUGCCUAGGGAGAUGAUGGGUCCCAAAAUGACUACAAGUGAGAGCACUUCGAGCCUCGAUUCCAUUGGUACAAUGGAUUCCUCUGUGAGUGGUGCGCGCAGACAAGGACCCGCUCCUCCCCCAAGACGCAGCGUGUCAAAGCUGCUGAGCUCAUUCAGGACAAGCGGUCGCCGUCGCGUCCCUGAUGAGGUACAGAUUCCACCGAGGUUCGGUGCAGUUUCGCGAAUAUCGAGAAUUGCCAGCGAUCAGCCGAAGCAUAGUGUGUCCAGGUCCUGGCCCACAGACCACGUGGACGGUAAGUCUACCGGAAAUGAGGCGUCAAGGCAGUCUUGGCAUGCCGAGCCAGCAGUCGCGUCCCACCAGGACAGAAGAGAAGCGAAUUCCUCAAUUUCCUCUUCAUCCGGCGAUGCUACGCCGGAAAGAAAAAUAUCCAAGACUUCGAGCAUGAGGUAUAGUUCAUCUGUCGUCAUCAAAACCAUGCGUUCGUCAUCCUCUUCCUCUAUGGAUGAGAAAAGCACUGCUCCCACGGUGUACCGGUCUGGCCAGAUUGGACUGGAAGCUGAGAAAACCCCGUCGGAUGAUCGGGCCCAAACUCUCCCAGCCAGGCAACAAUUUAGCGAUGUAAACCCGCCGGCGAAAAUUACCGACGAUUUUAGUCGUUGGCCGCCUUCAAACGAGAGGGAAACUGCGGGAAAAAACAGAUAUGAAGACACACCGAUAUUGCAAAGACUUAUGAAGGAUAAUGCCAAGAGUUUGGACACGUCUCCAAGCGUCAAAUCAAGAAUCGCCAAUUUCGAAGGGGGGUUGAAGAAAUCAGCUCCCGGGCCUCCACCUCAAGAGCGACCUCGCCUCCAGCCCCGUUCAUUCAGUCAAGGAAAACUGGACCUUUCUCAGCAACCAUUAAAAGAAUCGAUCGCAAAUCAGUCCUCGUCCAUGGAUUCACUUCUCGAUACCAGGUCUCCUGGGAAACACGACUCAGCUUCUAAAUCCCAAGACCAAGAUAAAUCACCGAUCCAAGGCGACCAAGAUCGAGCGAAACAAUGGGAAGCGAGCCUGCGUAGAUCGGACGAAGAAUUCAGGAGACCGUCGCGGAGCACGUCCAAUGCUCAAAACAGUCUCGGUUCAAGGGAACCAAGGCUCUAUAUUGAAACCUCGCCGUUGCGUCAGGAACGACAGCAAGCUCUGGAAAAGCCAUUGAAGCAGGUGGAAAUCUCCACACGAAAUGAAAACAGGGUUAAUUUGGCGACAGAAAGAGUUAUUCCACAGAACGAAAAGCCUUCAUUAAACUCAAAUAUUCCCGACGUAGACUUCAGUAGAAAGUCAGCAGAAGAAGAACCUCCACAUCCCUCAAAUGAAGACGAAAACGACGUGUUUUGGGAUGCGGAUGAUUCUUUGCCGCCUCCGCCCCCCUUGGAACUCCUCCACCCCCUAGAAAUGUCACAAGACAACUUACCCUUGCCCUCCCCUCCACGGGAAGUUCUGGUCGAGUUUCCGUCAUCGACAGAGGACUAUGAAUCGAGACGGGAUCGACUUGAACAGGAGACACUUGAGCAAAACGGUGUGAAUAGUAGUGAUGUGAUAAAACCUGUCGGAUCUUUUGCGGUAGAAUCGAGCGUGGAAACUAACCACAAAACCCAAGUCGAACUAAAUGGACCAGGCAAGCUGGAAACUAGUGGAUUAUCCAGUACUGCGCUAGACUUCUCCGGUAGCACUGAUCUGUCGUCAAAUGAUACAUCUCUUACAGAGGAGAAGAAGUAUAUCUCCCCCAGGGCCCCUCCACCGGCUCCACUUGUAAUAACGUCUACCCCUAGCGAAUUUGAGGGGUCCAACGAGAGGGGCACUUGUUUAGAUGUUCCCAACAGUCCUCGCAGUGCAAGUUCCAACACGUCCACGCCAUCCGGAAGCCGCCCUAACAGUAUGUUGAGUCCGAAACUGGUAGAAUUGGACAAAGAAAAGGCUGAUCUUGUGGAAAGCAUGAAGCAGAAAAUAGUGGAUCUGAGAUCGCAAAUGGACGAAAUUAAAGAUGAAAUCGAUGGCAACGAGGCACUGGGGCAGAGAGUCACUAAGGUGGUGGAAGGAAAGACGAGCGCUACCCAGUUUUCUAAGUAUCAGCUUUUUACAGGCGAGCUGAACAAGAUUAUAGGACUGUUACUGAUACUCACACAGAGAAUGCACAGAUAUGAAAUGAUGCUCCAUGAUUUGGACAUGUCUGAAGAAGCCGACAGACAACAAAGAGAUGUUUUGCUCGAUAAAAUCGACAAAGUCACUCUGCAACACGAGGAGGCUUGUAAAAUCAAGGAAGUAAACGACAAGCGCGGUGAGGUAGUGUCCAGGAUUUUAGAAAAUUGCCUGGAAGAAGAGGAAUAUGCAGAUUUUCAGUACUACAUAGACAUGAAAACGCAGCUCGCUCUUAUGCACGCGGAAAUUCGGGACAAGGUCAAGAUGGGAGAGGAAAGGCUGAACACUUUAAAUUCGACAAAGAUCGACUGGAGCAUUCUUAGUUUGACGUGAGUGUCGCCAAAGUUCCACCGACUGAUGUUGGCUGAAGAGUUUCCGAAGAUUGACCGCCUACAAAUGUCGGCCGAAAAUUGACCAACCAAGGCCAUCUGAUGUGGUAGGAAUUAUCGUUGGGUUUUAAAAGGAAUGGUUGCAAGAACAAGACCAUUUUGCCGAGUUUCAUUUAAGGGAGGUACCGUCACCAGAUACAUUUUGAUGUAGUUUUUUCUUUUUUCCUUUUUGGCCAUAAACGAAGUCGGACCAAGCCAUUGGUCUGAAAAUUAAAAUAUUUUCGAACCUUAUGGGAAAAAGUCCCGAGUAGUUUGACCAGGGACAUUUUUAAGUAGUGACUAGGCACGAAAACUCGUCAGCGUGGCGAAGUUGUCAUAUCGUCUUACAAUGAUUUCGUCGCAUCGGGUAGAUAUAUUUUGGUUUUCGGUAAGCAAUUUUCGUGAAAGGAAUAUUCUGUCUCAAUAGGGCGAUAAGGUACUUAGAGCUGAAAGCAGUGAGUCACAGCACCCGGGCGAACUAGUAAACAACUUAUACGUGCAUAUGGUUUAUUUGGUCGUGUAGAUUUCAUUAAUAUUCACAACUUUCGAGAUAAAUUUACUAAAAACAAAUUAUUUUCUUCUCUGCCGAAUGUAAAACCCAAAAAUAACAGAUAACCUUUUUUUCUCAACGGUUAAUACAUGCGAUUGAGUAUUUUUUCUCACCACAAAGUUACCGAAUCAUCAGUCGUAGACCAAAGCAAAAAAUAUUAAAAUUUGUAUCAUACCAUAGGGUUACUUAGAAGCAUAGAAUUUCUUCAUUGGGAAAAUCUCUGUUUCAUGUUCUAAUUUGCCGAAAUAUGGCAGCGAAUUCUUUAAAAUGUGUAACUCAGAUGGUGUUAUUUCAAAGUAAGCCGCCAAUUUGUUCAGUCUUUUCGUGCUGGGUGUGUUGAAAAUACAGACUAUAAUUUUAGGCAUCGUGAAGUUGGUAUUUGCCCAUUGUAGUAACACAAGUUCAACUCUCUCACCCCCAAAAGUGACGAAGACUUAUUUUUUCCUUACUAUUCGGUACAAAUUUAAGCAGGAAAAGGACGAAAAUAGAGGAGAUGUAAACUAGAUUAUUUGAUCGAACACCAAAUUCUCAGUACUUAAAUCAAGGAAGUGCACGGCAGAUGGUAAGGAGAAUUGCUACGUUCAUCUAAGGAGUGAGAGGGUGAUGUUAACAUGCGGUUUUUGCGAAACCGCAGUAGGUCAGCUGGGCAAAGUUUAAAUAAAUUACGAUUGAAGGAGUUGUUCUCUAUCCAAUAAAUGCAUUUCACUAUAUUUGAUAUGAAGCAGUCGGAUAUUUGGAUCGCUUUUUUUUCAUUAGUUUUGUAUCUCGUGUCUCCUUUUAAAACAAAAAGAGUAUGAAACCCUAGCAAACAAAAGAAGCUAUGGUAAUAAUAAUUUAUAACUGAUUGAAAAAAUUUGUGCGUUUCGGCCAGAAGCUUUAUUUACUACGUUAUCGUGCACUGGGGUUUGUACAAAACAACAAAGCGGAUUCAUCUAUUAUAUGUAGUUGUGUAUUUUUUUGUCCACGAUUUGUUUUCUUCAUACCCUCUUAGCUUAAACUUAAAUUGCAAACAUUCUCUUAGAAUUGUGACAUUAACAGCAAGUUUGUAAUGAAAACUGUCUCGAUUAAAACGUGUCGUGAUUUUUAAUUUCUCGACAACUGCAUUGAUAGGGCGAAUGCGUGGGGUGAGCAUGUCCUAUAGGGCUUUACUGAAUCCGCUGUCCUCUGAGUUUGUUGUAUAAAUAAUUAUUUCUCAAAUGAAAAAAAGUCUGAGGAAGGGUUUCUUUCACUGGGAGAAUUUUGGAACAGAUUAUCGUUAAAGGGAGAACGUUGGAAAUGCAAUUUUGUGGUCAUAGUUUGUAAUAUUUUCUUCCUCUGGUUGUCACUGAAACAAGCUGCAUUGCAAAAACACGUGAAGAAGGAGGUUUCUUCAACGUGUAGGAGAUAUUCUAGAUGAAAUAAAUGGUUAGCUUAUUUAUCGUU